AUGCAGCAACUGCUACAGAUCGAGAAGUUCAUCCAGAAGCAUGUCCGUUUUUGGGUGGAAACGUUUCGACAGAGCCCCAGCUUCGGUUUGCCAUUGGAGUUCGAGAAAUUCAACCUCCACCAUGCGUGUCACUGGAUCAUUUCGCCUGCCACGCGCAAGCUCUGCUGCAGCCUGGUGGAGCUAGUGGCAACGGAUGCUGAUGCACAGUAUCCAUGGUGGUUUGUGAGCCACGCAUGGCAGGAAGCCAUCUUCAAAUUCGUGGCUUGUCUUCGGCAGCAUGCCGCGCUGCGAAAUGUAGCGGAUGGCGCGUACUGGGUAUGUGAGGUGUUGCGUGACUCACGCUCCAUGAUCGCUGUGGAAGAACGCAAUGCUGGGAUGCCCCUGCUCCUGGAUGUGGCUGCGACUGAUCCUGCCAACGAGGCCAAAGAAACCAACGGGGCUCAAUGCUUCUUUAGCACCGUGUGCCAGGCGCACGUGCUGACUGAUGGCUUGGCGGCCGCAGAGGCGUUCCGGAUGCCGCUGCUUGGUUUUCUAGCCAAGUCUGUGCGUGAAGCGGCCUUCCCCACACCACUGGUGCAGAAGGGCUUGGACGUUGACAUCGCGCAAGCCGAUGCCAGCCUAGCGUCAGACAAGACAGCCAUCCUGAAUUCUAUCAGGUUGCCACGCGCAAGGACCAAGGUACUCUCUGACUCUGCACCAUUGGAAGAUCCAAAUUAUACGGCUGUGAACCGGGCGUUGGCGGCGCACUUUGCACUGGCGUCGUGGUUCGGGUUCGUGGCGAAACGCCACUCGUUCGACUCCAAGGUUUUAGAGCGACUCCUGAGCGCCCUGGCGGCAGACAGCUUUCGGAGAGUGGUGCAGCUGUCCUUCACGGGCUGCCGUGGCUUCACAGAUGUGGAGCUGAGCCAGCUGCUGCGGCACCUUCCCAGGCAGCUGCUGCUGCUUCGUUUAGAUAUGGGCUUCAGUGGAGUCCAAUGCUGGGCUUUCCCAGAGGUCGAGGAGAUGGAGAUGCCUCCACUGCAGGAACUCAGCCUGCGCUUCACGGGCUCCCACCUGGCGAACGCUUCGGGCUUGGGGCAGAUGCUCGGUGCCGAGCCGAUGUCGCAGUCACUGCGCUCUGUGCAGCUCUGGUUUUCCAAUUUGCCGUCCUUGGUGGAGCUGGGCUCAUGGGAGCCUCUCACGAAGCUGAAACUGGAAGAAUUGGUGUUGCAGCUGAACUCUUGCGAGGCCAUCACUGACGAAGCCAAGCAAUCCUUGUAUGAUUGCGUCCAACGUCUGAAACGUCGUCAGAGAGGAUUGGAACUGCGAUUGACGAUCGAGGGUGUGGCUGAGCGAUCAUGGCCCUGGGUGCCAUGUCAGAGGCCAGCUGUCAAGGAUGUGGAGUUGGCAGGCGGCAAGAGUGUGGACGAGUUGGAGAAUUUUGGAAGUGAGACUCUACCGUUCCCAUGUAGCUACGGCGGCUGCGACAUCUUCCAUUCGAACUUGAGUGGCUUUUGCCCCAAGCACCGCAUGUGGCGGCAUUGUUGGAAGUUGGGGCGCGUUUGGCAGACAGCUUGGUGCUGGACCGAGCUCAGCUUGCUCUUCGCGAUCCAGGCCGCAGCCGAGAUCGAGCAUCGCGCCACGCUGGUGGCCAUCCUGCUCUCGUUGUAUCCGGUGUUCUGCUUGUCAUUGGAGGAGUCUGUGGGAAUUCCAUGGGCCAUCACUUGCGCAUUGCUCUUGGUCGCGGUGAUUUGCAGCUUGGUAACUACCAGCGUGCGCUUUGACAACAUGCGAGUACAGAUUCUAAAGCAAUCAGUGGCAACAGAAGCAAGCUACUCUCAGGUGCUGCAGUUGCCAGAUUCUGGCAACAUGCUUCAAGUUCCUACCAUGGCGGGCUGCAGCUACCCAGAUUCGAGCAUUUUGCAUCAACGAAGCACGGACUUGAGAGCCAUGAAGUUGGUGCUUCCCAAUGCAACUGUGAAGAUCAAACUCUUGACGCAUUUGAGCAACGAAGAGCAGCAAAGCCCAGAGAAAGUGUUGGACGCCUUGCGAUGUGAACUGGUGUGCGAAGACAUGCUGGGAGUGCAGGAGGCGUUCAAGGGCUUGGAGGACAGAAUCCAGAGCGAAGACCUGGCUUCCCUGCAAAUCGCUGCAGUUCAGGAUACCUUUGCGGAGAUGAGCGGCCACAAGUGCUGCCAGGUGAUCCUGCAGAUGGAGAAUUAUUUUGCUUCGGUUUUUCUCAUGGAUGCGUUCCUCACGAGGAUGGACAAUGAGCUGAGCAGCGUGACGAAGUUGGCUGCGCAGUUUGGGUUGCUAGAUGACAUGAAAUCCAAGUGGGAGACUUCAUUAAGGCUUUGGAAUUCCGUGUCUGACGUUCGCAGACCUUUGGUCCUUGCAGGGACAAUCUUCUUGCAAGUUCUGGCUUUGGCCAUGUCCAUGUUCAUGGCGCUUCAAUAUUUCCUACGCUAUGCUCACAGGAUCCGGCCCCAAUUGCCUGACUUGGUUUUGGAUGGCUUGCUGCUGGACAGAGGAGAGGAGUCUGGUGAGACUAUCCUGGAGGCCAUAUUUUUGGCACUGCCCUACCUCGUUUUGGUGGCCGUUUUCCUGCAGCAGUUGGUGUGUCGGAAGCAAAGAAGGAAAAGGCCUCAACCGACGAAGAUCCUGUACGAGCGAUAUUUUGGGUUGCGCGGAGCUUACUACCCCGUCAAGGUGGCGAUUUUGCAAGGUCUCACCGUCAUGGUGCAAGCCUUUGGAAAAAUCUCCUUGUUGGGGGGCCUCGUCACCUUUGCCCAAGAAGAGCAGGACACCAGGCCACCUUGGUCUCGCCAACGAAGCACUUUGCGACGACACACCCCUGCCCAGGCUUCAGCCCAUCCAAGCAACCUCUUGGCCGCAGUACUUUCAACUUUGGCGAGGGGCCGCAUCACUUUGGUAGCGGAUCACGUGACGGAGUUCUACGGUUGUUCCGGUCGCGUGCUUAGAAGUCCAUUGGCAAACGUUCUGGCCAAUUCUUCGGUGGUCACGUCGAGCGCGGUGAUCCACUGCCCGCUGCCGGCCACGUUUGAGACUGCCAUCGCUGCCGUGCGACAGGCGCUGCCGGAGGAACAUUGGGACAAUGUGCUGCUGUCAUGUGGAGUUGACCAGGUAGAACCAGGCAAGGCCUUGGACAACUCCACGUAUGCGCUCGUAAGCUAUGAUGCCCUCGGCACAUCUGCCGUCUCCAUCGCGAAAACUGAGCAUCGUGGGAUCACCGUGCAGCAACUGCUACAGAUCGAGAAGUUCAUCCAGAAGCAUGUCCGUUUUUGGGUGGAAACGUUUCGACAGAGCCCCAGCUUCGGUUUGCCAUUGGAGUUCGAGAAAUUCAACCUCCACCAAGCGUGUCACUGGAUCAUUUCGCCUGCCACGCGCAAGCUCUGCUGCAGCCUGGUGGAGCUAGUGGCAACGGAUGCUGAUGCACAGUAUCCAUGGUGGUUUGUGAGCCACGCAUGGCAGGAAGCCAUCUUCAAAUUCGUGGCUUGUCUUCGGCAGCAUGCCGCGCUGCGAAAUGUAGCGGAUGGCGCGUACUGGGUAUGUGAGGUGUUGCGUGACUCACGCUCCAUGAUCGCUGUGGAAGAACGCAAUGCUGGGAUGCCCCUGCUCCUGGAUGUGGCUGCGACUGAUCCUGCCAACGAGGCCAAAGAAACCAACGGGGCUCAAUGCUUCUUUAGCACCGUGUGCCAGGCGCACGUGCUGACUGAUGGCUUGGCGGCCGCAGAGGCGUUCCGGAUGCCGCUGCUUGGUUUUCUAGCCAAGUCUGUGCGUGAAGCGGCCUUCCCCACACCACUGGUGCAGAAGGGCUUGGACGUUGACAUCGCGCAAGCCGAUGCCAGCCUAGCGUCAGACAAGACAGCCAUCCUGAAUUCUAUCAGGUUGCCACGCGCAAGGAACCAGGCGUUGGCGGCGCACUUUGCACUGGCGUCGUGGUUCGGCUUCGUGGCGAAACGCCACUCGUUCGACUCCAAGGUUUUAGAGCGACUCCUGAGCGCCCUGGCGGCAGACAGCUUUCGGAGAGUGGUGCAGCUGUCCUUCACGGGCUGCCGUGGCUUCACAGAUGCGGAGCUGAGCCAGCUGCUGCGGCACCUUCCCAGGCAGCUGCUGCUGCUUCGUCUAGAUAUGGGCUUCAGUGGAGUCCAAUGCUGGGCUUUCCCAGAGGCACAAGCUCCGUGCCGUGUCGAGGAGAUGGAGAUGCCUCCACUGCAGGAACUCAGCCUGCGCUUCACGGGCUCCCACCUGGCGAACGCUUCGGGCUUGGGGCAGAUGCUCGGUGCCGAGCCGAUGUCGCAGUCCUUGGUGGAGCUGGGCUCAUGGGAGCCUCUCACGAAGCUGAAACUGGAAGAAUUGGUGUUGCAGCUGAACUCUUGCGAGGCCAUCACUGACGAAGCCAAGCAAUCCUUGCCUCUCAGAUUGCAGUUGGAGAUGAUGAGAGCUCCCAAGGGGCUCAUGCCUGAGGAUGUGGAGUUGGCAGGCGGCAAGAGUGUGGACGAGUUGGAGAAUUUUGGAAGUGAGACUCUACCGUUCCCAUGUAGCUACGGCGGCUGCGACAUCUUCCAUUCGAACUUGAGUGGCUUUUGCCCCAAGCACCGCAUGUGGCGGCAUUGUUGGAAGUUGGGGCGCGUUUGGCAGACAGCUUGGUGCUGGACCGAGCUCAGCUUGCUCUUCGCGAUCCAGGCCGCAGCCGAGAUCGAGCAUCGCGCCACGCUGGUGGCCAUCCUGCUCUCGUUGUAUCCGGUGUUCUGCUUGUCAUUGGAGGAGUCUGUGGGAAUUCCAUGGGCCAUCACUUGCGCAUUGCUCUUGGUCGCGGUGAUUUGCAGCUUGGUAACUACCAGCGUGCGCUUUGACAACAUGCGAGUACAGAUUCUAAAGCAAUCAGUGGCAACAGAAGCAAGCUACUCUCAGGUGCUGCAGUUGCCAGAUUCUGGCAGCAUGCUUCGAGUUCCUACCAUGGCGGGCUGCAGCUACCCAGAUUCGAGCGUUUUGCAUCAACGAAGCACGGACUUGAGUACGAUUUACAGUGAUGCGCAAAGCCGCCUUCCUCUCUUUCUGAGAGCCAUGAAGUUGGUGCUUCCCAAUGCAACUGUGAAGAUCAAACUCUUGACGCAUUUGAGCAACGAAGAGCAGCAAAGCCCAGAGAAAGUGUUGGAUGCCCUGCGAUGUGAACUGUUGUGCGAAGACAUGCUGGGAGUGCAGGAGGCAUUCAAGGGCUUGGAGGAUACCUUUGCGGAGAUGAGCGGCCACAAGUGCUGCCAGGCGGAUUGGUCCAUGGGUCGAUGGGUCGUGAUCCUGCAGAUGGAGAAUUAUUUUGCCUCGGUUUUUCUCAUGGAUGCGUUCCUCACGAGGAUGGACAAUGAGCUGAGCAGCGUGACCAAGUUGGCUGCGCAGUUUGGGUUGCUAGAUGACAUGAAAUCCAAGUGGGAGACUUCGUUAAGACCUUUGGUCCUUGCAGGGACAAUCUUCUUGCAAGUUCUGGCUUUGGCCAUGUCCAUGUUCAUGGCGCUUCAAUAUUUCCUACGCUAUGCUCACAGGAUCCGGCCCCAAUUGCCUGACUUGGUUUUGGAUGGCUUGCUGCUGGACAGAGGCCAUAUUUUUGGCACUGCCCUACCUCGUUUUGGUGGCCGUUUUCCUGCAGCAGUUGGUGUGUCGGAAGCAAAGAAGAAAAAGGCCUCAACCGACGAAGAGCGAUAUUUUGGGUUGCGCGGAGCUUACUACCCCGUCAAGGUGGCGAUUUUGCAAGGUCUCACCGUCAUGGUGCAAGCCUUUGGAAAAAUCUCCUUGUUGGGGGGCCUCGUCACCUUUGCCCAAGAAGAGCAGGACGCGACUGCCAUUCUUUGGCUUAGUGUUGGCUUCUGGGCUUUCUUUGCUCUGCUGUGUUGGAACAGUCUCUAUCCCGCCUUUCUUCUUAUGUUCCCUGACACUGCCUGGGCUCGAAUUGGAGCAGCAUUUACGGAUGCUGCUCAUGACCUUGGCUACAUCUUGACCUACCUGGGUAUGGUCUUGGUGGCGAUGCUGCGAUUGCGGACAGCCUCCGAAGGUUGGGGAAAUUUUGGCGAGGACUUGACGUUGCAAUUCAGCAAUCGCAUCAACCCCGUGUUCGCUUUUCCUACCGACCUAUUGGGCUAUUGCGCCGUGUAUUUCAACUUGGCGCAUGCAUGCUGCAUUGCACACAUUUUGCAGCACACUAAUUGGCGUUUGCCAGUGCGACCCAGGUCAGAUGAUGUCAGUGAUAUUGCUUGUGAACUGACAGCAGCAAGCACCAUGUCAGGGGCAAGCGCCAAAAGUGGCGAUGCCUUCCAAGACUAUUUGGGUGCUCCCUUUCCAUUGGGCUUCUUUCGUGUUUCCCGUGCAAUUGCGCUAAAAAUGUUGGCUCGGCUGGCCAACAGAUUAGUGAACCUCGCUGCGAAGAACAUCACUGCCGUGGACCCAAAGGCUUUCAGCAAACUCGGACAUGUGCAGCGCCUGUCAUUGGCGAACAACAGCUUGAUCCACCUGCCUCCGGGCCUCUUCGAAGGCAGGAAGCUUUGA